AUGGAAAUAUAUAAAAUAUCACAGUAUGGAAAUACUUAAUAUUAUGAGAUUUUGGAGGAAUUUUAAAGAUUUAAAUAGAAUAUCCUAAACUAUUUAACUAAUAUUGAAAAUAUGAUAAUUGAAAUUAUAACUUAUCAUGUCAAUUUUACUUCAAUAUCACAAGAAUAUUAUGAAUUUAUUGAAAAAGAAUUUAAUAUUUAAGAUUUUGUAAAUUCAAUUUAAAAUAAAUAUACUAUUUAAAACAAUGAUUUAAAAUAUAGAGGUAUUAAUAAUGAUACCAACUAAUUGAAGAUAUAAUUAUAGAAGAUAUACAAUUAAAUUUAAAUGUGUUUUACAUAGUAAUUAAUGAAUUAGGAAUUAUUGACUUCUAAAAUUAUUAAUUUAAAUGAUUAGAUUCAUCAUGAUGAAAUUGAAAUAAUUAAUUAAAAUUAAAUUACAAGAUCUAAACUUUCCAGUAUUUAUAAUUAAAUAAUAAGAUGGUCGAUGGUUAAUUUAAACUAUAAGAUUUCAUGGAUAAAAGAAUAAUUAUAUAAGAUCAAAUAGAUUAGUUUUUACAAUUAAUGGAUCUGACAUUAUUUUUGGAAUUGCUUCUUACUCUCAAAUAGAAAAGCAUAAUUUUGAACUACAAUAUAAUAUACCCACUUCUUAUUUUGUUAGAUAAGAUGGAGGUAUAUUAUUAAAUUAUAUAUAUAUUAGUUCAUUUUGGUUUUGGUUUAACAGAAGUUUAACAAGAUUUUAGUGUACCUGAAUUUAGUUCCAAGAAAGGACAUAAAAUUGGUAUGAAAUUAUUAACUAACUAAAAUUUAUUGAUUCUAGAAAAUUUAAUCACAAAUGCAAAAGAAGAAUAUGAAAUACCUUAAAUAUCUGAUGAUUGGUGCUACAUUUUUGGUCUGAGAUUUCAAAAUGAUUCAAUUAUCAUAGAUUAAUGA